UACCUAGAGUAGGGUUUAAAGGGACGUGUUCGUGACGCGACUUGCCAAGGCCUAGACACGCCGCACCAAGCACCGGCGAUGCGUGUAAAUGGCUAGCGUACUUUCCAACCCCUCUAACCCCUCCAAUCCUGCACUGCGAUAGAGAGUUCUCGUUCCAAGAUCCACCACCCCCGCCAACGCCGAAUCGCGAGAAAGUUGAAGUCCUCCAACCGCAAACGCUGACUCCCUCCAUCUGCGGUCGCAUCGCCCUACUCAAUCCCAACAUUCCACCUACAGAUUCGGCCCAAUGGAACCAGAUACGACUCAACCGGCCGAAAAUAAUCACGUUCCCGUGUGGUGCGUGGGACAUCAGAUCAAGAAUCCCGACAGGAAUGUCGACGCCAGUCUGGUUGAUGCGGAGGGUAACUCUGGCUAUGACAUGGUCACUGGACGUAUCAGCAACUCCCGGUUUCACAAGCGUGUCCUGAGAACAAUCGAGCAGGCGAGAUCGGAACGCCGCCGGCAUGUCCAUAUCGAAGGGUUAAUGGCUGACGAGGUCAACCUCGCACCCGGAGCUCACAUCUCGGGUGUCAUUGCGCUGGUGUCACCGUGGAUUGAGAUCGAAUCUACGGAUCCCCUAAUUGCUCAUAUUUCCAAGCAAGUGCUGGAUCUCGAACUUGCGUAUGCGGCAUUCUGCGGUCUGGGUCACGUCGUCAUUCCUGGCCCCAAGGUUCGGUCAGACGUUGCAGCAUAUGCUCAGGCAAUAAGCACCGCGUUGUCUCAUUCAGCGUAUAUGCAGCUUCUGGUCCAAUUCUCAGUCGAUGAAUGGGUAGGUGACGAGGACAAUAAAUCGGAGAACGCGCUGUAUGAUCCACUUUCAGCUUGGGAUGCUUGGAACACAAUACGGACGGUCUGUCGGUACAAUACGCAAUUGGCCAUUGCCCUACGAAUACCGUCCAGGCUACCCUCUCCCUCCGUCACACGGCGGUGGUUUGCGGAGCCGCUGCGGAUGUUGAUCGUAUCGUCAUCCACCUUCUGCCCGAAUAACAAAGGAUUCCCCGUCCUAUCCAAGCUCCACCAGGGUUUAUUCACGAAGUACAUGAGGCUUCGGCCGACUCCAUACAUUCUCUUGACCGAAACCAGCGCCCCGCUGGUAGUCAGAAGCACUGGUCUCCCCUCAAGGGUACGGCACGAGCAUGAUGCGUAUCUCAUUUACAUCCGGCAUUUGCAAAAGAAUCAGCCGACGCAGUCUACGGUGGAAAGGUUCGGCGCAGGCUAUCAGGACUUCCUCCAGGCACCUCUGCAGCCUCUGGCCGACAAUCUGGAGAGUAUCACUUACGAAGUGUUCGAAAAAGAUCCUGUCAAGUACGAUCAAUAUGAGAAGGCCAUCGAGCUGGCUUUGGAAGACAGGGAGUUAGGAGAAGAAAUUGUUGUUGCGGUCGUUGGCGCUGGUCGUGGCCCGCUCGUAUCCAGGGUUUUACAGGCUGCGAAGAAUUCCCGGCGGACAAUCAAGAUGGUUGCGGUUGAAAAGAAUCCCAAUGCCUAUGUCCACCUCCAGAGACAAAAUGCCGAGCGAUGGAACAACGUUGUUACGAUUAUCAGGAGCGACAUGAGGUCCUGGAAGCCGGGCUUUACGGUCGAUAUCCUGAUAUCGGAAUUACUAGGAAGCUUUGCGGACAACGAGCUGAGUCCAGAGUGUUUGGACGGUGUUCAAAGGGUUCUGAAUCCCGAUGGAGGUGUGAUGAUUCCACAGUCCUACUCGGCGCAUCUGACACCAAUAAUGGCGCCUAAAAUCUUCGCGGAUAUCUCCACCCGAAAGCACGAUCCCGACGCCUCCGAGACGCCUUAUGUGGUGAUGUUACAGUCGAUAGAGAGUCUGGCAGAGAACGAUCACAUUGAGAGGAUGUGGGACUUCUCGCAUCCAGUACCCUCGAAUGUCUUAGGCGAGGCUGCCUCCAUGUGCGGGGGUUUCGUCGGGUUGGGUGACGGCGGAAAUGACCACAAUUUGCGAAGCUGCAAAGCCUCUUUCAAAGUACCUCGACGAGGAGUGGUUCACGGACUGGCCGGUUACUUCGAGAGUGUUCUGUACGGCAAUGUCGAGCUUAGCACAAGGCCGGAUACCAUUGAUCAGAAGAGCAAAGACAUGAUCAGUUGGUUUCCGAUAUUCUUUCCCUUGAAGACGCCAUUGUACGUUCCUGAUCAGGCCGAGAUAGACGUCUCCAUGUGGAGGCAGUCAAGCGAGCGUAAAGUCUGGUACGAGUGGAUUGUCGAGGUGUUUGUGACGAAUGGCGCCCAGAGAUACAGACUUGGUAGCUCUGACCUCCACUCCUCAAAAAAGAAUGGCUGUUUGAUGUAAUGGGCGAAUAUUCUGUAGCUGUUGGCAGUUGGAUACACUUGUGAUUGGAUUUUUCUUAGCAUGCGAGAGAUAUCAGAUACCGAUUUUGGCUUACUGAGUACUCGUUCCUUCAAAAUGACAUGAUAGAAUAUCUUGGAUUGAUUGCAUGUACAUAAUAAGAGCGUGAUUGGGUUGAUAAUGUUCCCACGAG